AACUAAACCCUCCUUCCCUUUCUUGCAUUCUCCAUUCUUGAUUAAUUAAUUAACCCAUCUCUCUAUAUCUUAACCUUCUUAUCCACAUUAAAAUAUUUCCUUUCUAUUUCAUUCAUUCUUUAUGGCUUUGAUGGUGGAUCAACAAUCAAAUUACAAGCACUACUGCAAGAUUUGCAAAAAAGGAUUUGGGUGUGGGAGGGCACUAGGAGGCCACAUGAGGGCGCAUGGAAUUGGCGAUGAGGGAGCGCAAAUCGACGAUGAAGACCCGACGAGGGAUUGGGAGGAAAAGCUUGGAGGCAAUGCUCCAAGCAAUAGGAGAAUGUAUGCGUUGAGGACGAAUCCCAAUCGUUUCAAGAGUUCCAAAAUAUGUGAAAAUUGUGGUAAGGAGUUCUUGUCAUGGAAGUCCUUUCUUGAACAUGGGAAAUGCAGCUCCGAGGACGCGGAAUCUCUCGUGUCUUCGCCUGGAUCGGAUGGCGAGGAUGGCACGCCGAAAAGAGGGUGUGGAUGGUCUAAGAGGAAGAGAUCGUUUAGGACCAAAGUGGGUGAUUUUAACUCAAACUGUCCAUCGAGCGAAGAAGAAGAUCUAGCAAAUUGUCUAAUGAUGUUAUCGAAUGCAACCGUUGAUCCUUUAUCAGCCGAACCAGAGGAGUCGUGUGCGUCGGCUAGCAAAGACGAGGAUCGAAGAAAUCAAAUCUCUUUCAUUGCUCCAAUUUCAUGUAGGCUUCCAAUUGGCAAGGCUAAAGGGGUUGCGAAGGGCGUAUUCGAAUGCAAAGCGUGCAAAAAAGUGUUCAAUUCACACCAAGCAUUGGGUGGACACAGAGCGAGUCACAAGAAAGUUAAAGGCUGUUUCGCCGCUCGGCUUGAUCACAGCCUCGACGAUGGUCUGGCCGACGACGACGUCGAAGAGUUUUUUCCAACUAAAUCACCUUCAACAUUGCGAUUCGACCAUGGAAUUCCAAGCUCUACUAAUCCAAUCACGUCCAGUUCAAGAAAGAAAUCGAAACUACACGAAUGUUCAAUAUGUUAUCGUGUGUUUUCAUCAGGACAAGCACUUGGUGGGCAUAAGAGAUGUCAUUGGAUUACAUCAAACUCCCCGGACGCCUCCUCUCUGCCUAAAUUCCAUCAUCAAUUUCAUGACCACAAUAUGGAGCAAAUUCAAGAAAUUAGACCAAACAAGUUUAUCAACAACUCCGACCAACUUAUCGAUCUCAAUCUCGACCUCAACCUUCCCGCUCCAGCUGAUGACCCGAAUGGAAUCCGGCACGACCCAGCUAGUUAUGGAGUGUCUACAGAGAUUUAUUUGAAGUCUUGGAUUGGUACUAUUGAUCAACACAAACAGGACGACAUGAAUGACCACAAUAAGAUUAUUAAUGAUUGUGAUGGUUUAACGCAGAACAAUGAUCAUGUUGUUGUUGACGAUGAUGAGGCAGACAGUAAGGUGAAGUUAGCAAAGCUAUGUGAACUGAAGGAUAUGGAAACAAGUGGAAGCUCAUCUCCAUGGUUGCAGGUGGGGAUUAGUUCAACUACGGACGUUGGUGCUGAUCCUUAAUUAUGUUUUGUGAAAAAUGUAUUAGUUAAUUUUUUUGACAGAAAAAAAAAAAUGUAAGUAGAUUAUUUGAUUGUUCAUCUUGUUGUUGUUGAUGUAAUUAUUUGUGGGAUCAAAG